CUUCCAGCAGCCUCAAGGUGUGCAUCGGCCCAAACGCACACGCCAUUCGGUGGCUCUCGAACUUCGGAAAUAAACUCGAGUAUUUGGUGUUUGGCGCGCUCGAAUCUCUUUCGUCGGAAAUCACGCGGACAGCGGAACAGGACGGCCCUCGUACACGGUUUGCGUUGCCCCCGGGGCUGGAACGCUGUGUGAAAGUGAUGUUUUAGGAAAGUGACGGCGAUCAGAUGUGCAAAUUGGGCGGCCCGGCAUGGUGCUCCCGGUGCGUAUCACGCGAACGUGUAAAUGUUUUCGUUUGUCGCGAAAGUGAGUUGCUUUUUGGUGGUUGAAUCGUUCUGCAAAAAAAACCCGACGAUCGAAAACGAUUGUGUGAAAACAGUAGGGCACAACAAAGGUCAGACGUAGGGAAGAAUUGAUCACAAAAGCUGGCUGGAAAAAAUAAAGUUUGGUCCGAAAGAGUGGUACGCUUGUGGGAAAAAAAGGUUUCGCUAGUGCGUACGAGUGAUAGUGACAGUGAUUCCGAGGUGCACCGGCACAACGAUGAUUGAGCAAAGUAUUUUCAGUGACACCGGAAGUAAACAGUGACCAGUUAUUGUGAUUAAAGUCAAUUCCUUAUAGAAAGAGAGCGUGUGUGUGUGCGUGUGUGUACUACAUUCGGAAAAUAGGAGUUUUACCAAAAUGGACUCCAAGCCGGAGGUACGCUCGAAGCCGAUCCUGAGUCCAACGCGUUCGCUGGACGAAGGUUUCGAAAGUGAUCCCGACCGCAUCUCGACCGAUUCGGAGCUAGCCACAGCCCAAACGACACCGGCAUUCGACGUUUUGCAGCGCACCGAUCGUGAUGGAGUGCAGCACACGCAGAUCGCACGGCGUACAUCGCCCGCCACAACCCAAGACUCGAGCUCCUCCGUAUCGACGAAAGACAGUGGCCCCGAAAGCAUUAUCUGUUUGGAGGGUGAGAUCGAGAAGGAACUGCGCACCAAACUCGAAAAGACUACACUAGGCCGACCACCGACCGGACUUCCAAAGGCAAACGGCACCACCGCAACAGCCGGUGGACAGCAGAUACGGUACAGGCGGAUAAAAACGCGUGCACCACCACCUCCGAUCGGUUCGUACUACUACCAGAAGCGAUCCGCCUCGGUGGACAGUGUGAACCGGGCCGGUGCAGGUGUAUCGCACGGUCCGGCCAGUCUCUACAAUCUUAGCCUCGACCCGGGCAGUACGGUGAACCUGCAUCUCGAUCUGGCGGCGUCCGGUCCGAUGAGUGUGGCGACGCCGGGCGGCCAGCAGGUUCACGAUGUCCUGGCCGGGCGGUUUGUACGCGUUACCGUCGAUCCCAGGCAUCACCAGCAGACAGCGCAACCACCCGCCUCGUUGAACCAGUUCCGAUUGGCGUCCCUGUCGACGAACAACAUCUACAAAUAUUGUCACGCGCCACCGGCGCCAAUGACCGGCCACUACCACCAUCUGCACCAGCAGCAGCAGCCACUACAGCACCAUCCGCUACAUCCCCUAUCGCACCAUCACCAUCAUCAUCCCUUGCAUCAUCACCAUCACCAGACGCAGCAGCAGCAGCAGCAGCAGCACUCGAUGCACCACGGCGGACACGGUCACCUUAGCUACAUACCGACCUCGGUUGCAUCGGGCGGUGGUCUCGGCAGCGGACCGGUCGGCAGCGGGAGCAAUCGCAACAAUUUAUACUCAUUACCACCCCAGUACGGAUUAAGCGCGGUAGCGAUGGCUUCCGGUGCAUCGGCGCACGGUUCGCAUCAGUCCGCCGCAUCCGCGAACGCUGCGGCCGCCGCGUCUGCCGCCCAUUCGCAGCAAAGUACGGCCGGGUCCGUCGCUAUCACGGGCAGUUCUUCAACCGGCCCGACCGCCAGGAAUUAUCAACAUUUCAAUCAUGUUCCAGUUUGCUGGACUCAAUCGAUACCCAGACAAACGCGAAGAUACAUCACCCCAACGACGCUACCGCAGGUGAUUGCACCAUCGAACAAAUCAACCAGCACCGGCAUAUCGCAGAAGCUGCGCGACCUGGCGACCUCGGCCGGUUUGCUGACAGCCAAACCGCGGCCACCGCUGAAACCGGUCAUCAAGACGCGCGGCUCCAACAGUACCGAGUUCCCGAAAAAAGUCACAUUCAGUGCUUUUGCAACCGUGCAGGUUGUUUGAGGACAAGAUACAGGCAGGCGAGAGAGAGAGAGAGAGGGACACAGAGACACCACACCCGAGAUCCAAAGCCACGAUGAUGAUCAUCCCGGAUCUGGUUUCGCGACUGUAUGACGCAUGUACGACCGGCAGUCAUUCACCAUGAGAAGAUAUCACCACACCAUCAACACAGAGGGCAUAGGACAUCGCAGGACCCAACCGACCACACCCCCCAGGAAUAUCAACUAUUUCUAUCAGGCUACAGCUACAGGAAAUAGUUCGUUAUUCUACCCAAACUGACUCUUACCACCCCCAAAAAAAAAAAACGACCAAAAGAUAUAGCCAAAAUCAGACGGUUGAUUUUGAUUCGAUGGACCACUUCCAGACAUACAGGGACUUGUUUCGUCCUGGCACGCACCUGUACAAUGCAUCCUGCAAACUUGGGUUCGCUUCUCUAGCGUUAUCGUACCUUCCUGUGCCACACCGCUUCGGGUGCAACUCCGAUUGUACCAAGAAAACAAAAAACACACACUUUGAAAACCAAUCAACCUAAAAUGGCGCGGAUACGCUAAUCGCGCUACAAAUUGAUCUUGUCGUUGGAUGCGUGUUGCCUCUCCUAGGGGAACACGAACACCAGCCGGCCGGUUACAUCAUACCGGCGAACGCAACACGCUGCAUCCACCGAUAUCGCCCGUCCUGGGUUAUAGCAAACUUUCUGCCAACUAUCAGCAACAGGUUAACCCGCAUGCUCGCAAUCGAUCGUUCAAUCGCGUUCGCGUCACUUGUGCGGCAAUUUGUGCGCGGUGUUUUUUUUCUUAUAAUCCCCAAGAGCACCCUACAGGCCAUUUUAAUUCGUAUCCAGUUUUGAGCAGCAGCCCUGGGCGAUUAGUCAACACGAUGUUCGAUCGGUAGAAUGUAUGUAGCUCAACAGGCUGCAACAGCAGGAAAAAAGCUCUCUCUCUCCCGUACAAUGACAAAAACAAAAUCAGGCAUAAAAUCGGGCAGAUUGAGUGCAGGAGUGCAGUGUAGCUUGUAGUCAGUUUUUGCACCGUGAUCUAAUCAACUGACACCCUUUUACGUUGUGACAUUUUCACCACAAUCGAGCGUUUGAGCAUAGUUUUUUGUCUGGCUUUUUUUUCUCCGGAUUAGACUGCGACGAAAGCAAAUCGUGUAGUAAAAUUAGUGAAGUUAAAAAUUCGUCGUUUUAUUGAAGUUUUUCCGACCAGACUAACUAUUGGAAAGCAAAUAGGCUAUCUCUAGACAAGCGCUACUUCCAGCAAGGGCCUCAUCCAAAACCGAGGAAAUGAUCUUUCAAACAAAAGCCGUACGGAAAGGUGCGAUUCGUAGGGAAAAUUAGCAGGAAGCUGUUCCGAAGAUCGAGAUAAGGCAACAGCAACGAAAAAACGAGGGCUUGCCACCCGAUACCUACCAGCCAACAAUUAGAUCAAUUAAAGAUAACUGGAACGAGCGAUGCUUUUUUUUUGAGAAGCUUAGCUCGUAUGCUGGGCUCGCGUCAUGAGCAAGAAAAUUGCAGCGUGAAAAACGGCAAACCGCAGAUCUGCAUGGAACGAGUCAGGACCACCGACCACGGUCGAUGAUACAUGCGGCAGUUGUCAAAUCAACGCCACCGAGAAAAAGCCCCCCCAGCUGCCCAGUGAGUUGAGCUUGAAUUCGAUCGAUCGAUCGCCCAAUUAUUCACUACGGUUGUUGGGCAGUUGGGCAAUUGUGUGAUCUACUGCCCUUAAUGUAGACAAUGGUCGCAGCUUUUGGAUUGUACGGGAUUUUUAUUGCUUCGUUAUAGAGAAGCGUUCACUGGAUGCGAUAUGAUGCAGUAGGACUCUUCCAAGCUGGUCUGACCGUGGAGAGAGAUUAAUCUCAAAAUUGAAAGCGAUAAACCGUAGAAAAGUCAUAAAGAUCGUCAAAUUUGAGGAAAAACUGUGACAGUGCUGAGGACAAUUAAAUCUACCGCUAUAACACACAGGUGAUCGAGGCUUCAACAUCUGCUACGUUUGAUUGUUCCAUACGGCUCUUUGUUCCAGAUUGUGAAGAAAUGCUUCUGAAAGCUAGGAAAUUUAAAACUAUUCCGAUUCAGAUCUUAUUCGACUCUUGAUCUUCCAAGAGAUUGUGCGUCGCUCACCAAGGAUAUCUCGUUCUUGAAUUUGAAGUCUUUCAGAAGAAAUAAGCAUCCUGCUCCCUAGCAUUCAAUUCUACGCUAGAUGCAUUGUCUAUCUAAACGAAACAUCCGUCGAAGCAUCCGUCCCCUAUCGCCAAACCGCUGUUACGAAACAAUGAGCUACACGAAUCGAAUCGGUUUUACUUAGCGAUGACGCAACAUCCACCAAAGCGUUUUCCCAGGCCAGCUGAUUACAGUUGAUGAAAAUAAAAAUAAUAAGAACCCUAAAAACCACAAUCAAAUAACCAAACACACCAACGAUUACGCACCGCACACAGAGAAAAACUCUCGAGCAAACCGCAAAGUGAUGCAAGAUAAGGAACGAAGAGUAGAAACCCAGACCGGUAGGCGAUUAAAACCAUAUUAUCUCUCACGGUUUUUUUUGUUUAUGUAAAUACUAAUCUACUCUAAGCAGAAGAUAACCGUUUGGAUCGUGUCGUAGCAUAUUGCUGCUACUACUGCUAAAACUACUAUUGGACUGAGACGGGCACGGCUCAAAGCUUAAGCCAUCUCGGCCUCGAACGUUUAAGUAAUUGUGUGAUUGAGACUAAACUGGCAUAGAGGCCCAUAUUACACUAUCUGUAGAAACAUAAAUAGGCUUCCACGGUGCACAUCAGUCCAAAAAAAAGAAAAAACACACGCAACCGUUGGAAUGAAAAAUGAGCAUAUUUGAAUAAAAAGAAGAAAAACUAGACUUCAAAUAUCUGCAAUGAAUAGA